CUAUAAGCUAUGAUUUUAAAGUUUCCUUUGAUAAAAAGGCAAUUUUGUAUACGUAAACACGGAACGGAAAAAAAUAGUGUAUCGUGACCUUGACAAAGAAAUUAUUUUGCCCCUCUGGCAAUGUUUGUGGGACGAACGCGUCAAACAUAACCAAGCAAAACGCACGAUCGUUGUAAUGCUAGAAAACCCUAAUUUCAACUGGAGUCUUGUAUCUCCAUCUAGCAAUAUAUCACUUAUGAAAGAGCUGAAAGUAGGUCUCUUUCGAACUAUUUAAACGGAACAAUUUCCUUCGGGAAAUUAAACUGGUCAAACGGCAUAGUUUCGUUGAGAAUUUGAAGUGGAGUCAAAAUGUUGGCAUCUGGAAGAGUACAUCCUGCAAGUUAUGAAAAACACGCUCCCACGGCCGAACCGGCUGAAAGAAGAAAUGCUUGUGAAGUCGGCGAAGAAAACGAUGAUGCCGUGUAGACAGAUAAGGCAGGAAAAGUUGAAGUCAUUGGCAAAAGGCGCGAUAUUUUGUCCAGAAGUUUCUUGUUGGUUUUUAUGACCUUCCUUUGUUUUAUGUCACUAACAACAUUUGUUUUAACUGCCCUAAUGAUUUCUGGAAUAAUUGGGAACAGGUAUAACUGUUCAGACGCAGUCGGUGGGAAUCAACAGAGACAAGUGUCAGAAUCACCAGCUUCUCAAGCACAAUCUUCCACCCCUCAAAUUAAUGGCAAUGGUGGGACAAUUAAUGGGUUACCUCAGGAGAAUAUGACAAAACUUCAAGAGGCUGUGGAGGUCAAAGCAACUGAACUUGAAAACGUCUGGGAAGCGCUUAGAAUCCUUGAGAGUAUUUGUCGUAACCUAACGAUAAAGGUAAAGAACGUGAGUGAAGUUCAGGAACAAAUUGGCAACAAUUGUUCUCAAGGAUAUGUGGAAGAACAAGACCAACCUACAUUUAAUGGUUCACACAGAGCUACUACUCCUACCGAUUCUACUGGCCUACCAGUUGUACCAGGCUACAAUGGAACUCAAGGACCUCCAGGUCCAAUUGGUCUGUCAGGUGUACCAGGCCAUAACGGAACUCAGGGGCCUCCCGGUCCGAUUCGCCCGCCGGGUAUAGCAGGUUACAAUGGAACUCAGGGCCCUCCCGGCUCAAUUGGCCCGCCUGGGUUACCAGGCUAUAAUGGAACCCAGGGGCCUCCCGGUCCCUUUGGCCCGUCUGGUUUACCAGGUUUCAAUGGAACUCAGGGGCUUCCCGGUCCAAUUGGCCCGCCGGGUAUACCUGGCUACAAUGGAACUCAGGGUCCUCCCGGCUCAAUUGGCCCGCCUGGUUUACCAGGCUAUAAUGGAACCCAGGGGCCUCCCGGUCCCUUUGGCCCGUCUGGUUUACCAGGUUUCAAUGGAACUCAGGGUCCUCCCGGUCCAAUUGGCCCUCCGGGUAUCCCAGGCUUUAAUGGAACUCAAGGACCUCCAGGUGCAAGUGGCUCACCGGGUAUACCAGGCAAUAAUGGAACUCAAGGACCUCCGGGUGCAAUUGGCCCGCCGGGUAUACCAGGUUACAAUGGAACUGAGGGAGCUCCCGGUAUAAGUGGCUCCCCAGGUAUACCAGGCUAUAAUGGAACUCAAGGACCUCCCGGUGCAAGUGGUCCGCCAGGUGUACCGGGCUACAAUGGAACUAAGGGACCUCCCGGUCCAAGUGGUCCGCCAGGCGUACCGGGCUCCAAUGGGACUCAGGGGCCUCCUGGUGUAAGUGGCCCGCCAGGUAUACCAGGCUACAAUGGAACUCAGGGAGCUCCCGGUCCAAUUGGCCCGCCAGGUCCAAGUGGUCAAGGAUCAGGAAACUUCAGCCAGUGUACCUACAAGCAAGUAACAACAGUUGCAGCUGUAGCCUCUGGUGGUGCCAGUGUUACCGUGGACGUCGAGGAAGAAAACGAUAAAAGGAUUAUUGCAGCGACAUGCUCAACAGAUGAUGCUCAACAGUAUCUGCUCUCUAGUUUCACUGCUGCCGGAGAUGUUCGCGUUUACCGGUGUGAGUGCAGAGGAGCUGUAUCAGCUUCAGUUACGUCAUUCGCUUGCAUAAUCCACUACUGGGAGUGUCCACUUGUUACGGUAAAGAACGUGAGUGAAGUUCAGGAACAAAUUGGCAACAAUUGUUCUCAAGGAUAUGUGGAAGAACAAGACCAACCUACAUUUAAUGGUUCACACAGAGCUACUACUCCUACCGAUUCUACUGGCCUACCAGUUGUACCAGGCUACAAUGGAACUCAAGGACCUCCAGGUCCAAUUGGUCUGUCAGGUGUACCAGGCCAUAACGGAACUCAGGGGCCUCCCGGUCCGAUUCGCCCGCCGGGUAUAGCAGGUUACAAUGGAACUCAGGGCCCUCCCGGCUCAAUUGGCCCGCCUGGUUUACCAGGCUAUAAUGGAACCCAGGGGCCUCCCGGUCCCUUUGGCCCGUCUGGUUUACCAGGUUUCAAUGGAACUCAGGGUCCUCCCGGUCCAAUUGGCCCUCCGGGUAUCCCAGGCUUUAAUGGAACUCAAGGACCUCCAGGUGCAAGUGGCUCACCGGGUAUACCAGGCUAUAAUGGAACUCAAGGACCUCCGGGUGCAAUUGGCCCGCCGGGUAUACCAGGUUACAAUGGAACUGAGGGAGCUCCCGGUAUAAGUGGCUCCCCAGGUAUACCAGGCUAUAAUGGAACUCAAGGACCUCCCGGUGCAAGUGGUCCGCCAGGUGUACCGGGCUACAAUGGAACUAAGGGACCUCCCGGUCCAAGUGGUCCGCCAGGCGUACCGGGCUCCAAUGGGACUCAGGGGCCUCCUGGUGUAAGUGGCCCGCCAGGUAUACCAGGCUACAAUGGAACUCAGGGAGCUCCCGGUCCAAUUGGCCCGCCAGGUCCAAGUGGUCAAGGAUCAGGAAACUUCAGCCAGUGUACCUACAAGCAAGUAACAACAGUUGCAGCUGUAGCCUCUGGUGGUGCCAGUGUUACCGUGGACGUCGAGGAAGAAAACGAUAAAAGGAUUAUUGCAGCGACAUGCUCAACAGAUGAUGCUCAACAGUAUCUGCUCUCUAGUUUCACUGCUGCCGGAGAUGUUCGCGUUUACCGGUGUGAGUGCAGAGGAGCUGUAUCAGCUUCAGUUACGUCAUUCGCUUGCAUAAUCCACUACUGGGAGUGUCCACUUGUUACGUGAAAUCGAGUGUUACAACUGUAGACUGAAUCUCAUAAUUACAAUUAAUUUAUCAACGACAUAACGUGUGUAUGGCUACCCACUUUCUUUUCCCAGACAACUGACAUGAUGGGUUCUAGUCACAGCUCGCAGGCUGUGUACAAAAAUUCAAAGAGAACCCGGUGUGUUUUCUGUUCUGACGUACUAUUUCAACUACUUUAUCAUGUAAAAUUAGUGAUGCGUGUGUGAGUGUGGUGCCGAUAAUAGCUCAAGGGCGCAUGAUUUGUGUGCUAAGUGUCCAGGCUAGACAUCCUUUAACAAACCAAGUGUACGUGUCGGAGAGGUUCGGUAGAGCGGUUGCGAUCCGUAGGUGGGAGCGUCAACCCGUCUACUCUGCUGCUAUCUGGAUAACUGGCAUACCCAACAAGUCAGCGCCCUGUCAGUUGGGAUUCUUAACCAACCAUAUUUAUCUGAAAUGGCUCCAGCUUCAAUUUUACUGGUUUACUUUGAGUUAAGACAACGACCAUUAUAUUCAUGCAUUCAAGCUUUUUUGAACGUUUUACAUCAAUCAUUUUCUUUGUUCAUCCGCGCUGUAACUCUAGGAAAUAGCAAAAAUAAUGUACCGUGUAAAUAAAAUAAUGUAAAUUAUAGUUAGAUCACAGCUCUAUUCAUGAUCAGUAACUGUCAAAAAUAAUCUUUGUCUUCUAAUGGCGAUACGUCCAAAGUUAAAUUAAGACAAAGCGAGCGAGUGCGCUGCACAGGUAUCGCAGAGGUCAUGAUUUCGAAUUUCGUUCAAACCUGAAUAUGUUUUUUCAGGCUGUAAUUUUACAACUGCUUAAGUUGUGCGCAUAUAAAUAUAUAUGAUCAGUCUUGUUUAGUUCCAAGCAGUAACUAAACCGUUAAUUACCCCCAAAAGAUAAUCCAAAAGUGCAAAUAGCUGUCACCUUUAGGAUUCAUAUAAAUUAAAAACCAAUUUACUAUUUUCUUUGUUUUCCGUUUUCGUUGAAAAAUGUCC